AUGCGUGAGGUCAUCAGUGGUCAGGACAAGGGCUCCGGAACCUUGAAGCCACUGGCUCCCGAGGGCUUGGCUACGGCCAGUGCUCUUUCCACACUGUCUGAGGUGUCGCCCAGGCUGAACAGCCCCCAGGAAGAGGCCCCAGAGUGCAGCCUUGGCCUGGGGACAGAAGCCCCACAGACCAGCAGCCCUCUGGCCUCCAGUGCUGCCUCUUCAGAGGCUGUUCCUGAGCAGAGAACCAGGAGGAAGAGGGGCCAGAAGAGGAGACUGGUGAACACCAAGGCGGCCGCCCAGGAGGGCAGCCUGGCCGCCUCUACUGCAGCCUCCUCAGAAGCCAUCUCCCAGCUGAAGCUCUGGAAGAGGAGGGAACAGAAGAACAUAUGGACCAUCGACCACAUUCAGGGGACAAAACUGCGGAUGAACAAGAGGAGAAGACCCAGUUACCGCCCCGAGGACCAAGAAGCCUUCUACCGACUUCUGGAGGAUCCUGUUAUCCAGAGCUUCUUGGAGGCUGACAUUUUCCUCAAAGUGUCUGACAAGUACCUGCUGUCUAUGGUGGUGGAGUACUUCGGCCGCGUCGGGCUGCCCGGACACCUCUACAACAGGGUCCACUUCUUCCUGGCUCUCUACAUCGCCUCUGACAUGGAGGAGGACAACCCCACCCCCAAGCGCAGCAUCUUCCAGUUCCUGCUGGGCAAGGAGCACUGGCCAGACCUCUACAAGGAGUUCCUGAAGCUCAAGGUGGAAUUCUUCCACGCCAUGGGACACCGAGCCUGGGUCACCCCAGAGCUGUGUGAGGAGAUCCAGGCCCAGAAGCCUCACCACUGGGUCUGGAGCAGGGUGCGCCAGUGCGCCCCCUAG